UAUAGGAGGAAAAUAAAAUAGUGCCCUGCAGACUGGCAGACACAAUGGCAGUGACAGUGGCUUUGCGUUGAUGCUCUCCCCUUGCUGCAUGUGGCCUUUGAACCCAUUGUUGUGUCGCGGGUGACGUCAGUGCCGUGUGCGGGAGACGGAGCGGCGUGCGCCUGGCGAGACAAAGGCGGCGGACCGACCGGGGUCAGGCAGCAGCGCGGAGCCGAGAACCACUGUGUUUUUUUUUAACUAAAAGGUAACUGCUAACCUUGGAUUUCAGCUGCGGUCUCCCUGAUGGUACGCAGAAUGAGGAACCAGUGACACUCCCGGGAGUACGGUUUUGACUCUCCAGACGGAGAAACGACAACAGAGCUCUCUUUGCGUUUUUAAACGUUUUUCUCCUACGCCCCCCCACUUAGCCUGCUAGUUAGCUAACCGGCUAGCUCCUAGCGCUGCACAGCACAGCGCUGGUCUCCUCCUCCUCCUCCUCCUCCUCCUCCUCCUUCUCCUUCUUCUCCUUCUCCUCCUGGCUGCUACUCAUCUUUCCCUCAAGAGCUGAGCGACAGCCGCAGACAGGACCUCGUCGAUAAAGGCAAGAUAAAAAGAGGAAGAGGGUGAGCUCACUCCCAACAAACAGGCAUCCGUGAUCUGAUGUGAGAUCCACGGAGAGACUAUGCCUAGCCCUUUAUUCCACCCCGAGAUUAUGGACCACGACGUGGUGAUCAGCAGCCAGCACAACGGGGUCGGUCUGCCCCGAGAGACGGACCAAGAGUCCAGGGAAGAGGACCACCAAGAGGCACUCCGCUUCGCCCUGGACCAGCUGUCACUCAUGGCCCUGGAGAAAGUGGACUGUGGGGGCGGCGGUGGUAGCGGAGGCGGCGGGCUGGUCGACACGCUGGAUGGGACCCAGGGUCCUGGUACUGAGAGCUGCAACGGUGUGGGUGGAGGCGGCUACGUGGACCUGCAGAUGCUGGAGCAUCCCGGCGGGUCACGGGACUCGCCGACGUCCUGCUCUCCAUCCCCAGAGUACUACGGCUCGGGCGGGUACCACAUGACCGGCUCGCACUCCAUGCUCCACGGGGAACAAAGCUCCGUCCUCUGUAGCAGGAAAAGAAGUGUCAACAUGACUGAAUGUGUGCCUGUCCCCAGCUCUGAACAUGUGGCCGAAAUAGUGGGAAGACAAGGUUGUAAGAUCAAGGCCUUGCGUGCCAAAACAAACACCUAUAUAAAGACUCCAGUUAGGGGCGAGGAUCCUGUUUUCAUCGUGACCGGACGCAGGGAGGAUGUUGAGAUGGCCAAACGUGAAAUCGUCUCUGCGGCCGAGCAUUUCUCCAUGAUCCGGGCAUCUCGCUGCAAAGCCGGGGGACCUGGAGGGGGAGGCUCUCUUCCUGGGCCACCACACUUACCCGGACAGACCACCAUACAGGUGAGGGUGCCCUACAGAGUAGUUGGUUUAGUUGUUGGACCAAAGGGAGCAACUAUCAAGCGCAUCCAGCAACAGACCCACACCUACAUUGUGACACCCAGUCGAGAGAAAGACCCAGUUUUCGAGGUGACCGGGAUGCCGGAAAACGUGGACCGAGCAAGAGAGGAGAUCGAGACCCACAUCACCCUGCGAACUGGAACCUUUGUAGACCUGCAGGGAGACAAUGACUUCCACACCAACGGCACUGAUGUCAGCCUGGAAGGCCUGGGCUCUCUGAGCGGAGGGCUGGGGGCGUCUCUCUGGUCCAGGGCUACCAGCCACCAUUCUGCCCCCCCUCCUCCUCCCCCUUCCCCCCCUCCUCCUCCUCUUCCCAUGUCCAUGCACCACUCCUCCAGCCGUAAGAUGUCCUCCUCAGUCGCUUAUCACACGCACAAUGGCGGGAUGAGCUCGGACAGCUUCAGCACCACUCGCAAAGCCAACGAGGGAGGCAGUCCCACUAGCCCUUUUAGCACAGGCUCCAGCAGCACGGGAGGAGGAUUCACUUUCGGGGGCGACUCCACCCCAGGGCUACCCUCUUCAGAUGAACUGGGCUUUGAGUUCAGUGCUUCCAACAUCUGGGCACCCUUCGUCAACGGUGGAACAGGCAAUAAGACAGCUGGCUCCUCCCAGCAGCAACCUCUACGUCGCAACAGCAGCGGCCUCAGCGGUGGUGCCAUCACUCCACGAUUGUCUCCAACUCUGCCUCAGGACACAGGCGUGGGCCCUCUGGAUCACCCACUGGCCCGUCGUGCACAGAGCGACCCCCUCAGCACUCUCUCCUGGCUACAGUCCGGCAGCGCAGGAGGCAGCUCCUUCUCUGGAGCGUCCAGCUCCAGCUCCGGCGGCUCGUCGACCGGUUACUCCUCCUGCUCGGCCUCCUCCCUGCCAGGCGGCUCUCCCACUGACUCCGAGGGAGGCAGCAGUGGCGUGGGCAUCAGCUCUGGGAUGCUGAGCCGGCUGAAAGGUGGCUCCGGCCCCGGGGUCACAGGUCUGGUUGGCGUUGGCCCUGGGGUCAACAGGGACUGCUUUGUGUGUUUUGAGAGCGAGGUGACAGCAGCCCUGGUGCCUUGUGGUCACAACCUGUUCUGCAUGGAGUGCGCCGGGCAAAUCUGCCAGUCAGCUGAAGCAGAGUGCCCCGUCUGCCACACCCCCACCACACAGUGCAUCCGUAUCUUCUCCUAAUGCCCGAGGCAGGGGGGUGGGGGUAAAAUGGG